UAAAGUCAUUCAUAACAAAGCGAAACAUCGACCUCACGAAAAACAGAUACCGAGCAUAGUUCAUUUGUCCUGGAUACCCUCUUUGCACACCGACAUUCGGCUGCACUGAAUGAAACACAAUGCAGAUUUUGAUAUUUUUCGCCGGGAUCCAGGUGUCGAUGACUGCUAAAAUUCUAAUGACGUUUUCUCCAGUGACAAGUCACUGUCUGGAAAUGGCUACCAUUGGCAACGAGCUGGUCAAGAGAGGUCACAGCGUGGCAGCGUACGUUCCUGAAGAUUUCGAUACAAGAUAUUGUUUACAAAAUUCGAAGAUACAACGUAUAACGUUUGACGUGAUCGAGCACACCAAGUCUCUUUAUAAAGAGACACACAGUGCCAUAGUGCGAAAUAUAGUGACAAGGGAAAAAAGCAUGUCUCGAAGUCUUCUGGACAUAUUCGUGGUGAUUAACAGUAUCUGUGACAGCCAACUCUCAAACCGGGAUCAACUAGAUCAGUUGAAAGAGGCCGGAUAUGACGUAGUAAUGACGGAGGGUCUCCCAUUCGCCCACUGCUACUAUCUUGUUCCGUAUUACCUGGGUGUCCCUACGGUGUCCGUUUCUAGCGGGUUUUUCGGUUUUGACAGCGGGGAGGUUUUCCAGCCAUACACCUACCCUCAUCCACUUGGAUCGUACACCAACGAAAUGACGACUUUACAAAGAAUAUUGAACAGCUUCCACUACAUUCUUCUAACUGUCAUGCUGCAAAUCUUUAAGCCUCCGUUUGACCUCACUAAAUAUGGCGAACCUUUCACGGACGUUGUCCCGGAGACACUGAUCCGAGAAUCGUCGUUGUAUCUCGAGAAUUCUGACUAUAUUGCUGAUUAUCCGAAAGCUACCUUCCCCAACUUCGUCCAGGUAGGGGGGUUGACAGCUCGCCCCCCAGCACCUCUACAUAAUGAUCUGAAGACAUACCUCGACAACUCUACAACUGGAGUCAUUCUCGUUUCGUUUGGAAGUGUGUUGAAACUUGAAUCUUCUGAGCUCGUCCAGCGAUUAAUAUCUGCUUUGAAUCAACUGUCCUAUGACGUGAUAUUCAAACUAGACAGAAACUCGCAAGAGGGUAAUAUCAGGAUUGUAGACUGGUUGCCACAAAAUGACGUCCUCGCCCAUUCAAACAUUCGACUGUUUGUGUCUCACUGUGGUAAAAAUGGAUUUUUCGAAUCCUUAUACCAUGCUGUUCCCAUCAUAUGCACACCUUUGAACGCCGACGCCUUCCAAACAGCUAUUAAAGUCAAACACCACAGAAUCGGGACAGCUAUGGACAUUCUAACUGCCACAUCAGAGGAAAUGGUUCAAACCUUAAAAUCCGUGUUGAACGACUCUUCUUUUUAUUCCAAUAUGCGGCGAAUGUCUCAGCUCUUCAGGGACAGACCGGAAACAGGGGCGGAGAGAGGGGCGAGCGCCAUAGAACACGUGAUCAAGUAUGGGGACAAACAUCUUAAGCCACCCACCAAAACACUGAACUAUUUUCAGUACACACUGGGUGAACUCUGGUUUGUAAUAUUCACUUUCGCCUUGCUGGUAAUCUAUGGAGUGUUGGCGCUGUUUAGAUGCAUCUGCUGUAGAAAGUCUUCUGUGUCGGUGUCAGUUACUAAAAAAUCCAAUUGAAUCUAAACGAUGUUUUCAACAUCGUAUAUAUGCACAAGCUGUAGUCACAAGAACGGUUUGCAAAUAUUUAGACUGACCGUAAAUCGUAUCUUAGCACAUGGUAGUGCCAAAAGGACGUUUAGCAAAUAUCAUGAUUGCUCUCUUGAACUGUGCGAACUGGAAUCGGUAACGCAAUUACUUAGAUGUAAACACGGCGAGCGCCUGCGUGAUGACAUCAAAGGGGUGUUAUGGACACAUAGCUGCCUAGCUGCUUUAGAUUAUACCUGGAUGAUACAGCGUAUUUGUGAAAAUGUCAUUUCAUUCGAUAUGCUUGACAUUUAGAUUUAAAAGCAAGAACGAAAUAAAGUAAUACUAAUAACAAUAAACCAUUUCAGCUAAAUGGAGUGUAUUUGAGUCUGGAGACGGGAACAAAAUGUGUGAUUCCUGAGUCUGUGGUGAUGAAACUUUUAAAGUCUAGACUAAAUAUGCAAUGACGCCAAUGACGUUACACGCGUACAGUUUGAAUGGGGUUGGCAUACCGUUAAAGUAUCAGACUCUAUUAGAGUCUACCGGCCUCGGUGGCGUCGUGGUUAGGCCAUCGGUUAACAGGCUGGUAGGUACUGGGUUCGGAUCCCAGUCGAGGCAUGGGAUUUUUAAUCCAGAU